AUGCUGCGAGUGCUGGUUCGGAGCGGAUCUGAAGCGUGCCGAGCGGUCAGCACAUCUUCUGCCGUUUUUGCAGUUCCAGUCCGAAAGGAAGAUCUCUCGGCCGAACAGAUCUGGGAGAGACGGUCGAAAUUACGAAUUCCGAAGUUGCAAAAGGACGAGCAGUUGUCAUCGAAAGUAUAUUUUGCACCCGAAUGGGAUCUCGAAAAGAAACCGAACUUGGACGAAGGAUUCGUGAAUCCAUUGAAGGGAUUCGGAAUGACCCCUGAGAAGUGGGAAUACUACAAUAAGGUUGGUGCAAUUCAGUGCUUCCCAGUUUCUAUAAAACUCUUAUUUUCAGGUCGUUUGGCCGCCAAACUACGUGGUGCCUGAGACUGGACUUCCGAAGCCGAAGGAGGUGUUCCAUUGCAAAGAAUCGGUUCAUUUUUCGCCGAAAAGAAUGUGGGCGGCAUGUCAGCUCAUUUGGAAGAUGAACGUCGACAUGGCCAUCACACAACUCGACAUGCAACAGCUGAAGGCGUGCUCUCUUCUGAUGGAAGCGAUCAAAAAGGCGAAAAGUCGGGCGGCCGACGAGUUUCACAUUGAAUAUCCGUCGCAAAUGUACGUGGCCGACGCCUUCCCGGUCCAGUCGAAUAUCGUGAAGGGCGCUCGUCGUCACGCCCACGAGAACUGGAACACCAUUCGAUACCGAUACAUUCACAUCUUCGUCCGCCUCGAGGAAGGCCCUGCUCCCGCCCACAAACAACGGCAUGCUCAGAAAGACGGAUGGGAUCACAUGGACGAGUACUACAGCUAUCUCCGGUCUCGAUCCAUCAAAUAUAGCAUCUAG